GAGUUGACGACAUCAAGGAGAAGUGUUAAGCUUGCUAGUCGUACUUGAGCUAAUCACAGUGUGUGAAUGAAGACGCCUCUCUUGUGAUCUUGAAUACAAGUCAACACUCCCUCUGCUAUUAGAGUUCAAACAAACAACACACGGAGAGGUGUGGCCACGGCUGGAACCAAAAUGGCAACGACGAAACGUCAGUUUCGCACUUUGCACUGAUUCCUCUGGCUAAACGUUAGCUAACUAGCUAGCCCAACAAGGAAACACAGAGAAGGAAACUCGGGGACAGUUGAAUAUGGCUGAAGUCGAGCAGUACGAAGGAGCGCAGGACAUCGAGAAGAAAAUCGAAGAGACGAGACAGAGAUUUAAGAAUGAGUUCCUUCAAGAUUUAUCAGAAAAAUAUGACUCCAGAGAUGUGGACAGGCUUCAAAGUGAUGAUGCUCUGGUGGAAGGGUACCUGACAUGGAGGAUGUAUGUUGUUGAGGAUACCUUGAAAAUGAUCGAUGAAAGUCUUCAGUGGAGAAAAGAGUAUGGUGUCAAUGAUCUCACUGAGAGCAUCAUUCCCAAAUGGAUGUUCGAGACAGGUGCUGUCUACCUCCACGGCUAUGACAAAGAGGGCAACAAACUGUUCUGGUUCAAGGUAAAGCUACACGUUAAGGAUGCAAAAACAAUCUUGGACAAGAAGAAGUACAUUGCUUUCUGGCUGGAGCGGUAUGCAAAGAAAGAACCUGGGAUGCCACUCACUGUUGUGUUUGACAUGGCAGAGUCUGGCCUCAGCAAUAUAGACAUGGAGUUUGUGAAGUACAUUAUCAAUUGCUUCAAAGUUUAUUAUCCAAAGUUUUUAUCCAAAAUGAUCAUCGUGGAUAUGCCUUGGAUCAUGAAUGCUGCGUGGAAGAUUGUAAAGUCGUGGCUGGGUCCCGAGGCCAUCAGCAAGCUCAAGUUUGCAUCCAAGGCAGAGAUCCAGACAUUCAUAGACCCUGAGUACCUGCCGCCUCACAUGGGUGGAACGGACCCCUUCAAAUACAGCUACCCACCUCUCCCUGAUGACGACUUCCAAACUCCCAUCUGUGACAACGGACCUAUUGUUAGCGAGGACGAGACGGAGAGCAAAGAGAGUGAAAUGGAGGUCAAAGAUGCACUUGAGUCCAGCUUCAACUCUGAGGUUGCGGUAAAGCCCAAAAAGGUGAAUUUCCUGGAAGACAGUUUGAGGGCAGAGGACAAUGAUAAAGUAGACACAAACGCCAGGAUCAAAGGUGCCAGGAAGCCACUGACCACCUUCAAAGGCCCUCUGCUGGAUGUUAGCCCUGCAGAGGAGCUCAGCUUUGGUUCUGGGGAGACAGAGAAGAAAUGCCUCAUUAUCCUGAGCAAUGUGACCAAAAAUCAAGUGGCCUUCAAGGUACGGACCACAGCACCUGAGAAGUACAGAGUGAAGCCCAGCAGCAGCUGCUGUGAACCAGGAGCUUCAAUAGACAUAGUGGUGUCCUUACAUGGAGGUUCACAAGCCUCUCCACAGGACAGAUUUUUGGUUAUGGCCGCCGAGAUGGACAAUGUCGCAUCACAAGAACUUGCACAGUUCUGGAAAGAAGUACCGAAAACCAAGGUCAUGGAACAUAGAUUGCGCUGUCAUGUUCUGGAGAGCGCUAAGCCCACAGUGAGUCCUCUCAGGGACAGCCCUGUGGAGACAGGAGGCAGCGGGCAGCUGGAAUUAAACACCAUGCUCAUGCGAGUGAUGGCCUGCAACUCACGGCUGGAGCAGAAGCUGAACACGUGUCUGUGGGUGCAGAAGGUUCUCAUUGGGUUGGUGCUGGUCCUGGUGGUGCUGAACCUGCUGUGUCUCUUCCUGCUGGGGACUUCCCAGCAGCCAUCCUGACCUGCCACAGCUCCUUCCGCCUCCAUCUGCGGACCACAGACCCGUAGACGGUUCCAGCAGGGCCACAGUGGACCACCUGAUGAGGGGGGGGUCGUCCUGAACUCUCCCCUCCCCUCCCCCUCCCUCCUCGCGGGCUGCUGUCAAUGAAGGGAGGAGGGCUGACUUUAGGGGCACGUGAGUUGUUGUGGAGUUGACUGUAGGAAGAGUUUGUACUUGUCUCUUUUCAGGCACUUAAAGAGUAAAUACAACAGAGACACUUUUACCAAUAUGACAUCAAGUGAAUAAUGUUAUUUUUUAAAACUGAUUAUGGUAAAAUAAAAGUGUAUUUAUUGUAGAAAUCGGUUAUUUUUGGCAUCAUAAUGUACAUUUUUUUAUAUUGUAUAAAUCUACAGAAUAUAAAAUAAACACCUUUUGUC